AUGGGUGCAAUAAUCGUUCAUCUGACGGAUACAAAAUGUACCGCAUGCCCUCAGGGUCGGUCGAGAAACAACGAAAAACGAAAGAAAUGGCUUUGUGCAAUAAAAAGAGAGAACUUUAACACGGCGUCGGUUCACUUCGAAGCGAAUCAAUUCGAGCCUAAAAUCCGCGGCAAACUUCCACCAAAUGAAGUACCAACUCUGUUCACACAUCGAAAGCCUGUGCUUCGAAGAAAGAGUCCAACUAAACGAGAAUUAAAAGUGAACACUGUGUCACCACAACCUGUUGCCAUUGAGAGUGCUAGUAGCCAGGAUGAUAAUAAUCUUGACUCUGUACAAUCUACAAUGACUGUGACUGAGUUGGGCUUGAGCAAUCCUCAAAGUAGCACAAAUAGUCAAAGUCACACAAAGCUGCGAGAGGAAUCGGAAAUGUUGAAGAAAGAGCUGAAAAAAGCAAAAGAAAAUCAUAACAACCUAGCAAACAACAUAUCUGCUUUAUUUAAUGAAGACCAAAUAGCCUACCUUUCCAAGAAGCCUGGUUAUGGAAAAGUUUGGUGGUCAAAUAACACAAUUGAAAGUGCUAUAAAAAUAAGAUAUUCUUGUGGAGCAACUGGAUACAGCACUUUACUUGGGAUGAAUUAUCCAUUACCUUCUAUAAGAACACUUAAUCGACGAAUGGAGUGUUAG